CGCCUGUCUAAUGGACUGGAUCAUGUGUGUAAAGGAAUGGUCAAUUGGUCCGUCUCGAGAUGCCACCGGCGUUGACUGGUCGGCUUCGGCGUUUGAUCGCAGCUGCCAUGGCGGAUGACCAAUCUCAGAACGCGCACGGCAAGAGGUUAGUAAGAUUCAGUCAGGGACGCCUGCAGGCAGUCAAAGGACGAUGAUGCACACAGCACAGCGUGAAGACCAUCCGGAUUGACCGCUCAUUCAAGCUGCGGACAGCUGCGGCAACGCUUUGAUAACGUGGUGAACUCGAUGAGCUUUUGCUGGGCUGCAUCCACCGGGCCAUGACGAAAAAGUGGGCCACAGUCCGCCGUAACCAUGAGGCAAGCGUGGCGGCGGCCAAACAUCCCACGUUUUAGCGUCGUCCGGCAGCCCCUCUAAAGAAUCGAAAGCUUCUUCAACACCACGAUCUUCCUCUCCUCCUCCAUUGAAUUCUACAGUCUACACCAUGCCGUACUCAGAAGUAGAUACCCGAGCCGUCAAUACGAUCCGAACCCUCGCGGUCGAUGCCACCGCGAAGGCGAACUCUGGUCACCCGGGCGCCCCUAUGGGCAUGGCCCCGGUUGCCCACGUCCUGUUCAACAAGUUCAUGACAUUCAACCCCAAGAACCCUGGAUGGUUGAACCGCGACCGCUUCGUUCUCUCCAACGGUCACGGCUGCAUGCUUCAGUAUGCUCUUCUUCACCUGUUCGGCUACGGCGUUAGCAUGGACGACCUAAAGAACUUCCGUCAAAUCGACUCAAUCACGCCUGGUCAUCCCGAGGCCCACGACACCCCCGGCAUCGAGGUCACCACUGGUCCUCUCGGCCAGGGUUUCGCCAACGCCGUCGGUCUUGCCAUCGCUGAGAGGCACUCUUCUGCCGUCUUCAACAAGCCCGGCUACGAGCUGUUCAACAACUACACAUACGCCUUUUUCGGUGAUGGCUGCGCUAUGGAGGGUAUCGCCUCCGAGGCUGCCUCCAUGGCCGGUCACUUGCAGCUCGGCAACCUCAUCAUGGUCUAUGAUGACAACCACAUCUCUAUUGACGGUGACAUCAAGUGCGCUUUCACUGAAGACGUCAUGAAGCGAUUUGAGGCCUACGGCUGGCACACACAGCACGUCGCCGACGGUGACUCCGACCUCGAGGGCAUCGAGGCCGCCAUCAAGAAGGCACAGGAGGUCAAGGACAAGCCCUCCGUCAUCAAGCUGACCACCACCAUCGGCUUCGGCUCUAAGCUCCAGGGUACUGGCGGUGUUCACGGCAACCCUCUCAAGGCCGACGACAUCAAGAGCGUCAAGGAGAAGUUCGGGUUCGACCCCGAGAAGACCUUCGUUGUUCCCCAGGAGGUCUACGACCAAUACCACAAGCACGCUGCUGAGGGUGCCGCUGCUGAGCAGGAGUGGAACCAGCUCCUUGAGAAGUACAGCAAGGAGUUCCCCGAGCUUCACAAGGAUCUUGUCCGUCGCCGCAGCAGAGAUCUGCCCGAGGGCUGGGAGAAGUCCCUUCCCACAUACAAGCCUACCGACGCUGCCAUUGCUUCCCGCAAGCUGUCUGAGGCCGUCCUCGAGGCUAUUCACGAUGUGGUUCCUGAGCUCAUCUCCGGUUCGGCCGAUUUGACUGGCUCCAACAACACCCGAUGGAAAAAGGCUGUUGACUUCCAGCCACCCAACCUCGGUAUCGGAGAGUGGUCUGGUCGUUACAUGAGGUACGGUGUCCGUGAGCACGCCAUGGCAGCUGUCAUGAACGGUCUGUCCGCCUACGGUACCAUCAUCCCCGCGGGUGGAACUUUCCUCAACUUCGUUUCCUACGCCGCCGGUGCCGUCCGUCUCUCGGCUCUGUCCCACCAGCGUCUGAUCCACGUUGCUACUCACGACUCCAUUGGUCUCGGUGAGGACGGUCCUACUCACCAGCCUAUUGAGACGCUCGCUCACUUCCGCGCUCUGCCCAACUGCAUGGUCUGGCGUCCCGCUGAUGGCAACGAGACCUCCGCUGCCUACUACAUGGCUCUUACUUCCAAGUCCACUCCCUCCAUCCUCGCCCUUACCCGUCAGAACCUGCCCCAGCUUGAGGGCUCCACACUCGAGAAUGGUAUCAAGGGUGGUUACGUCGCUCUCGAGAAGGAGGGUGCUGACAUCACACUUGUCUCCACUGGUUCUGAGGUCUCCCUCUGUCUCGAGGCCGUCAAGACGCUCGAGGAGCAGGGUCUCAAGGCUCGUGUCGUUUCUUUGCCCUGCUGGGAGGUGUUUGACGCUCAGCCCAAGGAUUACAAGCUCAAGGUCAUCCCCGACGGCAUCCCCUCGUUGUCCGUCGAGGUUAUGUCCACAAUGGGAUGGGAGAAGUACUCUCACGAGCAGUUCGGUCUCAACCGCUUCGGUGCUUCCGGUCCUUACAAGGAGGUCUACAAGAAGUUCGAGUUCACCCCCGAGGGUAUUGCCAAGCGCGCGAAGCUCACCGUUGACUUCUACAAGGAGGUUAAGCCUCUCCGCUCGCCCCUCAACCGUGCUUUCCAGCAGCUUAUCUAAGCGUCUGCGUAUGAUGAUAGCGUUGUUAGUACAGGGUGUCUGGUUUGAAGGGUUGCGAUGAACGACCGAUUCGCGCUUUACGUAGUUCACACGUUGAAAACUAGGAGGCGCAUGGACGUAUAGAAUUGAUUCCCACUUUAUGAGCAACAUACUACGUUCCCCAAGUCCUAUCGUGUCAGCUUCGCCAUGUAGGUUGAUCAUUUGAGGCGCCGAUUUCUG